CGUCAUGACGCACAAGGCCCGUCCCCCGCUCAAGGGCGCACAAGACGCGUAAAUAAGACGUCGACGGCCGGCAGGCAGCUUCGGGGCUUGACGGGAUUGUGGCGGUCUUCUCUCCCAACUCGGAAGCUGCGGCUACCUCCGGACGCUCUCAAGAUGGCGACCUCUCUGGGUUCCAACACCUACAACAGGCAGAACUGGGAGGAUGCGGACUUCCCUAUUCUGUGCCAGACGUGUCUUGGAGAAAACCCAUAUAUCCGAAUGACCAAAGAAAAGUACGGGAAGGAAUGCAAAAUCUGUGCCAGGCCGUUCACAGUGUUUCGUUGGUGCCCCGGGGUCCGCAUGCGUUUCAAGAAGACUGAAGUUUGCCAGACCUGCAGUAAAUUGAAGAAUGUCUGUCAGACCUGCCUCUUGGACCUAGAGUAUGGCUUGCCCAUCCAGGUUCGUGAUGCAGGAUUGUCUUUUAAGGAUGACAUGCCAAAGUCCGAUGUCAACAAAGAAUACUAUACACAGAAUAUGGAGCGAGAAAUUUCUAACUCUGAUGGAACACGGCCAGUUGGCAUGUUGGGGAAGGCCACAUCCACCAGUGACAUGCUGCUCAAACUGGCCCGGACCACGCCCUACUACAAAAGAAAUCGGCCCCACAUUUGCUCCUUCUGGGUGAAAGGAGAAUGUAAGAGAGGAGAGGAGUGUCCAUACAGACAUGAGAAGCCAACAGAUCCAGAUGACCCCCUUGCUGAUCAAAACAUUAAAGACCGAUAUUAUGGAAUCAAUGACCCUGUGGCAGAUAAACUUUUAAAGCGGGCAUCAACAAUGCCUCGUCUGGACCCACCAGAGGACAAGACUAUCACCACACUGUAUGUUGGUGGUCUGGGCGAUACCAUUACUGAGACAGAUCUAAGAAAUCACUUCUACCAGUUUGGAGAGAUCCGGACAAUCACUGUUGUGCAGAGACAGCAGUGUGCUUUCAUCCAGUUUGCCACAAGGCAGGCUGCAGAAGUGGCUGCUGAGAAGUCCUUUAACAAGUUGAUCGUCAAUGGACGCAGGCUCAACGUGAAAUGGGGAAGCUCUUCCUCCUCCUCCUGCCGCAGAAGAAGAGGCCUCAGCCAACUACUUCAACCUACCCCCCAGCGGUCCUCCAGCCGUGGUGAACAUCGCCCUGCCACCCCCGCCUGGUAUUGCCCCGCCCCCACCCCCAGGUUUUGGGCCACACAUGUUCCACCCAAUGGGACCACCCCCUCCUUUCAUGAGGGCUCCAGGACCAAUCCACUAUCCUUCUCAGGACCCUCAGAGGAUGGGAGCUCAUGCCGGGAAACACAGCAGCCCCUAGCACAUUAUCACCACUCUGGGGCUCUACAGAAGAGAGGGCGCUUAAAAAUCCCAGUAAAUGAAUCUUGGAAUAAAUAUAUUUUUCCUUCCUUUGUAGUUUCCAUGAUAGCGGAAUGUAUUCAGAUGUGGGCAGUUGGAGAACAACAGCCAUGCUUUCCUACAUGUGCUCAAAGGAUUGAUGGACCUGAAAUAAGCUGCCAUUAACAUAUCUGGUUACUACUAUAACAUUACUAAUAAAGUUUAAUGCCUCUUCCCCUUAUCUGUGUGGGGAACAAGCAACUGGGUAAAUUGGAAUGUCCAGCGGAGUUACCAUCCCAAUUAAAUGUUCAUUUUGUAUCUUUUCUGGGGGGAAAACGUUGACCUGCAGUAAAAAAACAAACAACUUUGACCAUUUUUAUGUCCAUUGGAUAUUUUCCUUUUUAUCAUCUAAAAAAAGAUUACUAGUACUAAUCAUUGUAGUGGCAAGAGUGUGAUUUAACGCUUCUAAAGUCACACUCAGAAAGACAAGUAGAAACCAGCAUCCAGCACAGCCCAGGUCUUUUCUCAUCUCUCCUUUCCUCAUUUAUUACUAAAGGAAUCUGGCUGAUAGUUUUACUUCUUUAUGCUACCAAAAAGAGACAAAGAUAAAAAUUACUUUUUAUUCCUGUCAAUCGGAUGGAAACACAAAUGUCAUGGGGUUUUGUAUCAUUGAAGAAACCUGGUGUCUAGGAUGAAAUUAUUUUAAAGAACUUCCAGUAAAACACUUGAACAAACUGUGAAAGGAAAAGAAUUAGAGUGUGUUUGAAUGGAAGACUUGUGACCUAUAGCUGGAACUUUGAUCUUCAGCAUUCACCUUUGUGUGACUUCAGCGUCUCGUUUUAAUUCCCUGCUUCUGGGCAGGGGACUCCGGUCUUAGAAUAUUUGGAUAUACCUGAAUUGUAGAUGGCAAAAAAAAAAAUUGAUGUUGUGUUGUGGUUUUGUUUUUAAAAAAUUAAAACGGGUCAGUUUUCUAAA